AUGUCGGUUGCACGAUACAAGACCUUCUGUUGGAAAUCAAUACAAUUUCUUUAUUUGUUACUUUUCUUUUUGUAUCUAUCUAUCUAUCUAUCUCCUUCUGUUCACAUCUAUCUAUCUAUCUAUCUAUCUAUCUAUCUAUCUAUCUAUCUAUCUAUCUCCUUCUGUUCACAUCUAUCUAUCUGCAUCCGUUCAUAUCUAUCUAUCUAUCUAUCUAUCUAUCUAUCUAUCUAUCUAUCUCCUUCUGUUCACAUCUAUCUAUCUAUCUAUCUAUCUAUCUAUAUCGUUCAUAUCUCCUAUCUAUCUAUCAUUAUCAUCAUCUAUCUAUCUGCAUCUGUUCAUAUCUAUCUAAUCUAUCUCAUCUGUUCAUCUAUCUAUCUGCAUCUAUCUAUAUCUAUCUAUCUAUCUAUCUAUCUAUCUAUCUGCAUCUGUUCACAUCGAUCUAUCUGCAUCCGUUCAUAUCUAUCUAUCUAUAUGUUGCGCAAGGCAAGGGAAGAACUUAACACGAACAACAGGCUACAACCGCGCUACCCGUAUUUGACGACGGAUCAACCGAUGCAUUUUUCGAAAUUGAAAAUAUGA